AUGGGAUUUUUUGACAAAGAAGUGCAAGAAAUUUACGACGGAAAAGAUAUCAGAGAGCUUAAUGAUAUUUUUAUAAAGGAUGAAGAAAUCGCAGAGAAAUUAAGGAAACUCAUCCAGAAAGCUCAUAAAAAAAUUCUCGAAGAUUCUAAAGUUUCUACCGGAGAUGAUGAAGAAGUGGCAACUAAUCGUGUUGGAAAUGUUAGAUUUAAAUCUGAUAUAGUAAAUAUUGAAUCAUUCCAACAAUUACAAGAUGUAAUGAAAACCUCUGUUAAGGAGAAUAAGCAUGUUAAAGCUGUUGGAUCUUUUGCAGCUUUUAGUAAAGUAGCAGAAACAAAUGGAUACCUUUUAAAACCAAGUAAAACUUCUAAUAUUUCCAAAACAGAUUUGAAUUUAUUAAAUGAAGAUGCUAUAUCUCAAGCUAAGAAAGACGAUAUUGUCUAUUAUGAUGUGAAGUGGGGAACUAAGAUUUAUGAAAUCCUUCCCGCUUUGAAAAAAGAUAACAGAGCUUUUUUUAAUGUUGGUGGAUGGACUGGACAGGAUAUAAUUGGUGUAAAUGCAACUUCUACGCACGGUAGUGGCGUCACUCUACCACCUUUGUGUUCAUUUGUAGUUUCGGUAUUAAUGGUUGCUCCAGGAGAGAAAAUUUAUAAAGUAGAACCAACAAAAGGAAUCACAGAUGCCUCCAAAUUUACUCAAAAAUUUCCUAAUAUAAAUUUAAUCCAAGAUGAUGAAACGUUUCAUGCUGCUGUAGUAAAUAUUGGCGCUCUUGGUGUGACCUAUGAAGUCACCAUUUCAACCAUUCCUUUGUUUAGCAUUAUUGAAAGAAGAGAAGAAACUACUUGGACAAAUGCCAAAUCUGUUUUAAAACAGAAACCCUAUUCUAUAAACCCCUAUUUGAAAUAUCGCAAUGUUGAAGUUUGGAUAAGCCCGUACACAGAUUACGCUUUGAUUACUUUAAGAGAUUUGGCAGCAAAUGAAGAUGUGAAAAUGUAUCCAAAAUCAGAGGCCAAAAUGUUGUUUCAAGAAUUUAUUGAGUUACCUGUAGUGCAAGAGAUAACAAAGGUUUUGAGCAUUACAGCGGGUGGUGCUUUAUAUUUGUUAUUACAUCUGUUUUCAGCUUUUGUACCAUUUAUUAAUGAAGAAGCUUUGAGAUCUCAAAAUCACAAAGAUCCUAUUGUUGAUAGUUAUGAAUUAGUUUAUAACUCAUUGGGUCCUGGUUUCGUUAAUGAUUUUAAAGUAAUUUCGGUAGAAUUUUCAUUUUCAACGAAAGAUGAUAAUCAUAUAGUAGCAACAGAUGCGAUUUUGAAAACACUCAAAGAACUAAGAGACAAACACAAUUUAAACAUCCAUGGACCAGCUUCUAUGAGAUUUUCUGCUGCUUCUUCACAAUAUCUUUCCAUGGGAAAUGGAAAGGGUGAUGAGACUAGAGCAUACUUGGAAAUGAUUAUCUUGGACGUUUGGAUUGAUCAUUAUAAGCGUGUAUUUGAUACAUUGACUGAAACCGCAGUGAAGCAUAAUGCGAGAUGCCAUUGGGGACAAUAUUUUUCUCCCAAACUUGACCAUAAAUAUUUAAUGAAUGCAUAUGGAGAUCAAAACGUUCUUUCAUUUAUUAAACAAAUUAAGAAAUUUGAUCCAAAUGGUAUAAUGAGUAAUCCUUUAUUAAAAAAGUUAGGAUUGACACCAGACGGAAAGGUCACCGAUUUUGGGAUUUUUGAAGUUUGGGGCGAAAAAUUUCAAGAUGGGGUAGAUGAGUUUUUUAAAACUAUGAAAAAUAUUGUAAAUUAA